CAACAUUCGACCUUCCAAUGUACGAGGUCAGCUAGUAAAAACCAUCUCUCCUACAUAUAUUUUCUUAAGUGAAAGUCCUAUUUAUAACAGGAGAAGAGUUCUUCAAUAUGGUAGCAACAUUCAAAAAUGCUGGACAGCGACAAAACCAUCGUGAACGUGCUCAACCUAAUGAGCGCCGCAAAUUAGGAUUACUGGAAAAACGGAAAGACUAUGUGGCCCGAGCCCAGGAUUACAAAGAUAAGCAGAAGAAAAUUAAGCGUUUGCGUGAAAAAGCGCAAGAAAGAAAUCCCGAUGAGUUUUACUAUGGAAUGACCCAUAAGAAGACGAAAAAUGGCGUCCCUCAAGAAGAACGAGAGGAUUCUUCUAUUGAUAUGGAUACCAUCAAGAUUUUAAAGACACAAGAUAUAGGAUGGAUUCGCCAUCAUCGAGACAUUGAACGUUCAAAGAUCGAAGAACUUGAACAAAAAAUGCACAUGGUGGGAGCUCAACGCUUUAAGUCAGAACCUCGGAAACAUACAUUGUUUGUUGAUGGUCAAAAAGAAGCAAUACAAUUUGAUCCUGCUAAGCAUUUUCAAACAAGCGCUGAAUUGGUCAAUCGGGCCGAAAAUCGCUUACGCGUCGACCAAAUUGGAGAAGUAAACAUGAGGGUGGAAGAUUUUUCAAGUCGCCUCCAUAGAAAAUUAAAAGAGAAAACGGCUAGAGAAUUGCUUUUGCGAAAAAAAAGGGAUUCCAAGCUUGCUGCUGCUGAAGAACGCGUUCAGUUAGAUCGGUUAUUACAAGGUAAAGGAGGCCGCCAGAAAAAGAAAACAAAAGAUGGAAAACCAAUUUAUAAAUGGAGAAAUGAGCGUAAAAGGUAAAGUCGACUUAUCAACUUAUUACAAAAACUUACUUGUCAUUUAAUAAAUGUUUCGAAUCGAAAGAAUUGGUAUAAAAGUUGGUCCUGUCUAAUAUUAUGGGAAAUUUCUCUCAGAUCUUUUCCUCGGGGUUGGGUUUUUUUCUAUUUGCAUAAUGGGUAUAUCUUAAUAAAAUGAAAUAAAUUCUAUCUAAACCAUUGUAUGACAAUUCCCGUUAAUUAGUAUUGAUUGCUGAAUCUAACAAUGCUUAUCUUUAUAUAUAACCCAAAAAAUU